AUGUCUCAACCACUCGGCCCCUUCAAGCUCGUCACCGUCAACACGGCCCCCGAGCGCGCCUAUCGGCUCAUCGGCCGGGUUGUGGAGGAUGUCAAGGACAAGUACACCAUCAUCCACGCUGGCAAUGCAGAGAGCAUUGACAAAGUAAAAGAAACUGUCGAGGCAGCUCAGCCCAACGUCCUGUUCACUGCCUCCAUGUGGACCCCCGAGCAAGCAGCCGAGAUCGUCGCCAUCGCCAAAGAAAUCGUCCCAGACCUCAAGACUUUCUCCCUGCCUCAGGGGUUGCAGGUGGACAAGGGGCCUGACGCGGUGGUGGAGUACAUCGAGGAGAAUUUGCCUGGUUUGCUUGAGUAGAUUUGCUUGAUUGGAUGCUAUCAAGGUUAUAGACUGAUAGAGAGUACAAGCAAGAGCUUAUAUGAGACGAAAAUAACCAUGGGAUCUCACCUCCUACCCCCUACCCCCCAACCCCCCAUCAUCUCCUCUUGCCGCAGCCUCACCAUCUUCUCGCACCUCAAACCAUGCUCCUGCCUCACCAUCUCCAGGAUCUCCUUUUCCACCCGGACUCUGGCAACCUCCUCCAUCAACCUCUGCCCCUCGGCAACUCUAUCAACAUUCUCCUGGGCCAAAACCCGCGCCUCCAUCAUAAUCUUACCAGCCUCCCUUUCCAACCUAACCCCCUCCACACCUUUAUUAUCCCUCCCCCGGGCGAGAACCUCCCCCUCCAACUUGACCCUCUCCAUCCUCAUCUUAGUAAUGUCCUCGUCCAACUUGACCCUCCUAACCUCCCUCUCCAUCAUUAUGGUGGUAACCUCAUCCUCCAACCUCACCCUCUUCAUUCUCGCCCUGGCAAUCUCCUCAACAAUCCUAACCCCCUCCCUCUCUUUAUCAUCCCUUUCAGCCCUCUUUUCAAAUUUUUUUGACGCUCUAUUCCCACCUCGAGGCUGCUGUUUUUCCAGCUUGAGUGCCCGUGUUUUCUUCUCCGUGAGCAGUC